GGGGUCAGCAGGCUGGGGGCGAGAGUGCGGUUCUCACGAGGAGCGAGCGAGGCUCAGGGGAUGAGCAGACAAACCUCUGCUGCCUCUCAUUUCCAAAUUAGAUUUUAAGAAACUUUAAAGUUGUAAAAACCUCAUGGAUUUGGGCAAACUGAAUGUAUAUAAGUUUUUGAAGUUGGCACAAAAAUAGGAAAUGAGGCCUACUCUUUUCAGUUAACCUUUUCUGUAGCGUUUGGGAGUUUUUUGGACAAACGUUCCAUUGACUCUCAAAUUCAUUAAUUCUGUAUCUGUACUUAGAUUUUGAAUCUUGCAACUAAGUUUAGCCUCAUUCAGAGUAUUUUAUGAGCAUAAUUUAUUGUUUUAAAUUAAUUUUUUAGCUGAUAGCAGUUAGCACUUAAUAUGUAAGGUGAAUAAUUUAUUAAGUGUAGAAAUUUGUUAACCUAAUCGGUUUUUACUUAAAUGUACCAAAGAUUAUAGUAGGUAUUAAAAUAGUUAAAAAGAAUUUAAAUUCUUUGUUGUUUGAAUAAAUAUUUGUCCAAAGAAGCACAGUUGAAGUCCUAGGCUUACGAAUUAAAAAAAAUUGUUAGUCUGAAUACUUAGAAUUAAAUGUUUGUGUUGAAAACACUCUGGGAAUAGUCAUACUGACAAAUUACAAGUAAGAAUACUCAGUUUUCCUCAGUUUAAUUAGUUGAAUGUUAUCUUUUCAGUGGACACUAUUAAAUGCAAAAUAAUAAGCUUAUUUUUUACACUACACUAUUAAAAUCAUUUGCCUUAGAAUUUUUUUUACAACAAGUUGAAGUUAUUUUUGUAAGAAACCCCGCCUAUAUUUUGCAGCCUAAAAUACCAUUUGAAGUUCGGGUUUGUUCUUCACGCCAGUGAGAGCUAGCCAGCUCUGGAGGUGGCGAUCUUCGCGUGCUUUUACGUAGUUCAGGUCAUUGCUAGGAGGGGGGGAGCAGCAAAACUAGGGCUUCAAACUGGUGCUGUGUUCAGUGACUUCCUUUUAAGUGACGUCAGGCCAUGAACUAGGUACACUACUAAUCUUCUGUCGACUUUUAAAGUGUCAAAGUGUCAUAGUGGAGUGACUAUAAACUGUUAGUUAAGGGCUAAUACGUAAUUAAAUGUCAUGCAUUGUUUUUCAUUCUGUAAUUGCAGACACAUUAAAGAGACAGCUGAACUGGUACGUUUGUAAGUUUGCGUUUCCUUUGAUCAUUCUGUCCCCCCCUCCGUGAAAAGCCAGGGUCGGAGCGUUGCUCGCGCACCGGGCGUGUUUUCCGGCCUGAAAGCUCUCUGCCUUUUCACUGUGUGGGAGUUGCUUCCUUCCAGUGGACUCUGCUGGCCAGACCUCGCCAGUUAACCGAUGAGCUUGACUUUGUCCUUGUUAUGGGUCUAACAUCCAUGCUAUGUCCCCUGCUGGUCAGAAAGCACUUUUUUUUUUUUAGGUUGCUUUAUGCUUAUGUAGGAAAAUAGGCACUAAGUACUUGUGUGAAUAUUUGUUUUUUGUGUUUGAUGUCUGCUUUGGCCCUUAUAGUCACUGUGAAGCCACUUCCGGGCCUGUCGCUACACGCUUCUUGGAGGAACCUAACAAAUAAAACGAAAUGAGUUGUGUGCCUGCCUCUCUGUCUCCUCCCCAACCGGCCGUUUAAAAGUAACCGCAGCUCUGCCCCGAACUGCCCCUGGCGCCAGUUUGCCGAAACCUGAAUGGGAGCUGAUGGUUUGUGUGCGUUUCCCCUGAAGAGCAGCAGCGUCCCACCAACGGGCGACCUGAGUUGAUCAGCUCAGGAGCAGCCAGGACUUUUAAAGUCACGUGAGGAUUCUCGAAGACUCAGUGCCACAUUGAAAAUGAGGGGAAAAGUAUAAGAAACAAGUCACGUUUCUAAAACUUUAAAGAGGAGGAUGGUAAAUGGUACUUGCUAUUGGAGUGAAUGAUGGGUAAUGUGAGAAUAAUUUUCACGUUAUUUUAACAGUGUUUAAGCCCACUCUGGCUUAGGUUCUCCACUUUCUUUUGCGCAUGCCUCUCGGUACAGCCUGUAGGGUUUUUUGGGGGAUCACCUUAUUUCCUCCAAAGUUAUUUCUACUUAAAGAUCCUUUUUUCCUGGGAUAUUGGCAUGCUCGCUGCACUUCCUCUUCGAAGUAGCAUGAAAAAGGAAAAAUAGGAUUAGGUGGUGUGGAAGAUGAGAGAAGGUUUUGGUAGAUGAAACACCUUUUUUGUUUGUUUGUUUGUUUACCCUCCAUGUGUCAACCUGCUUGUGUAUCGAUUGGUCUCAAGCCUAUGACUAUCGGAAAAUCCCCAAAGAAUUUAAAUUGAGCCUCUGCAGCCAUUACAUAAACAGAAAUGAAGAAUUAUAGUCACAGAAUAGAGGUUAUACAGAUAUGGACAUACUUCUUUUUUUUUUUUUUUUCUAAAUUGUUAGGUAAAGAAGUAUUUUCAGUGCUUGCAUUACCGUUGGAAAUUCUAGAACAUUUCUUGAAUGAAGCGCAUGCACCCUUCUCAUGGUUACUUAGCCUCUUUGCUUGGUGUUCCUGCUUGCACUAAUGUUGGUCUGCGUACUGUUGUAUAAUUACAGAACUUUCUUAUGCCUGUAGGUAGAACUGUUACAGUUGGUGGGCGGGGCUGCCAAGAAGUGAUUGCAGAGGUGGACACUGAGCUGCUCCGGGUCGCAGUCAAUGUUCCGAUGAAGGGGAUCUACAAUGUACAUUAAAGAGAAGAUGCUUUUAAACUUUUUAAACUUAGUUUCAGUCUUAAAUCAUACACUUUGUUUCUAAUCAUUAGGGACACGUGUCAAAGCAUUACAAAGAAAAACCUAAAAUAUCAAAACUCGUUAUUUCGUCAACUGUGUAUAAAGUCAUCCUGUGAGUUUUAUAGAUCCUUCGGCUGUCUUGUGUUUCUUAAGUACCAAUGUCUUUAUAGAAAAAUUCAUUCUCUGUGAAGACUAGGGGGUGUAUUGUAUAUUGAACUAGUUCUUUCUGUUAUUUUGAUAUUUAAAAAUAAAUAUAAAGUCUUUUGGUCCUCGUAAAGCACAUCUAGGUUUCGUUGAACACACUUUCGCAGCGUGGGGUGUGGAACUCUGCACGGCGGGCACGGGAUCCGAGCCGGUGGCACGCCAGAGCUUCUGGGGCGCAUUUAGGUACAGGUUGUUUCUCAUAAGCUCGAUGUUAUUCUGAAGUGUUUUGCAUAUUGAAUGUAUUAACCCUUACAUGAUUUAAUGGUUUGAAGUGGCCAAUUAAUAUAAAUUUAAAUACUAAUAGUGACUCGUAAACAAAACACACUACACUCUGUUGAACGGAGACAAAUGUGUCUGUGAUGGAAGCCCCUGAGGGCUUGUGUUUGCCAUGUUAAAUCGGUCAAUGAUCACGGUAUGAAAUAAUGUAAAUUGUUUUUGAGAGUUACAAUUCAUAUUAACAUUUUUUCUUAAAGAAACCACGUAGUAGCAUUCUCACUGUACAUCAAUGUCAACGGAUUAAAAAGAAGCCCUCUGUAAUGAUUUUUUAAAAACAUUGUUCUCCUAACGGGAUUUGACUUAAGGCCACAUUGGGUGUUAGUGAAUAUAAUUUACUUUCUCAUCUUCCUCAUUGUUUUUCCCCUCGGACUUUAUUCCCCCUGUGUAUGUUGUAUAGUCAUACCCACAUCACGUGUAGUUUUAAAGUUUCCUGCUGUGUUCAGGGGCGGGUGGUCUACCUGGAGGGCGAGAUGAGAGCCAAACCACCUGGGUACGGAUCCUGGCUCUGCCUCUUCACCGCCCCAAAGGCUCAUCUCUAAAAUACAGGCGAUGGGUGCCGCCUCUCAGGCUUGAGAUACACACGGCAAGGGCUGCAGUCAGUACUAGUAGGUACCUACAAUUAAAAUAAGAUCAAGGAGUUAUUUGUCCAGGCACUGCCUGUCAACACCAUCAGUUGUGAAUUAUUGUGAAUCUCAGGUUGCGUCUAGUUUCUGCUCCCAGGAUCUCUAGGUAAGAGCCAGCAAACACAAUGCAGUGUACUGAUGAUGAAUCAUAGAAUCGUACCCUUGAAACCUGUAUAUUAUUAGCCAAUGUCACCCCAAUACAUGAAAAAAAGAACACGCAAACUUACUGCCCCCUGCUGUGGUCACUCACUGAAAUAAUCACGUUCACACACACUAUACACUUAAUUGUUUUCUUUUUCCGCCCACUGGGCCCAGGAACCGCGAAAGGAGAGCUAAGGAAUAGAAUUCUUGGUGGGGUACAUUGGAAGGGAGCAUGGCUGAAACCAUUAUUUGCCUCCUUAACGGUUUUGCCUAAGGCUGCCCCUGGCACCUUCAUUAUGGAAAUGGUGUAACUCUUUUCCCCUCCACACCUCUUUUCAAAUCCAAAAGGCGGGGUUCAAUUCUAAGCCACGAGUGUCGCAAAGACCCCGCCUAGGUUUUCGGCUCCGGCUCCGCAGACAGCCAGAGGCCACCGAGCAAUCAUUUAAAUGAAGCGCUGCCGCCUCAUUGGCCCGGCGCUGCUGCUCACCGAUUGGCCCUCGAACAGGCUCAGGGGCGUGGCUGCUCGCUGAUUGGCUCAGUGCAGGCGUGGGGCGGUGCUGCGAGUGUCCAUUGGUGGAGGAGGGAAGUUUAAGCUGCGGUGGGGUCCAUACCCGAGACACCCCUGUUGUGGCGAGUUUGUGGGGUCGUUUCGUUUUCUCUGGGGUGCGGACGCCUGGGAGAAGGAGAGGUGACUCCGCUGCGGAGCCGGCUGCGGCCGUCGGACUGCCAUGACGACGCGGCGAGGCUGCCGGGACGCGAGUCCCCCGGAGCGGAAGCCGCCGGCGGGACUGCGGGGGUCCCCGCCGGUGCUGACCCUCAGCCACUUCUGCCCCAGGCCGUUUCUGUGCUUCGGGGACGUGCGCCUGGGCGCCUCGAGGACGCUGCCGCUGGCUCUGCUCAACCCCAACGCCGAGGCGGCCGCCGUGACGCUGCCGCGCUGUCCCGCCGCCGCCCAGGGCUUCGGGGUCCGGCCGCGCGCCUUGGAGCUGCAGCCGAAGGAAAAAAAUGUUAUUUCUGUUACCUGGACACCAGUAAAAGAAGGCCGAGUAAGAGAGAUUCUGACAUUUCAUGUAAAUGGCAUUGUGAAGCAUGAAGUGAUAUUAUUAGGGAAUGCAGAAGAGCCAAAAAAGAAAAAGAGGAGUCUUUGGGAUACCAUCAAUAAGAAAAAAGUUUCGGCCCCUUCAAAUCGUAAGAGGAGGAUUUCAAAUAUUCAAAAUGUUAAUCAAACGUUCAGUGUUUCCCAAAAAGUGGACAGAGUUAGGAGCCCACUGCAGGCUUGUGAAAACCUGGGCAGGAAAGGAGGCUGCUCUCCAGCAGAAAACAGUUCUUUGGUCCUCGAAGAGAGUAAAAUACCCAUCUCACCGAUCAGCCCCACUUUCAAAGGGCACCGUGGGGAGCCCUGCUUGCCCCUGUGUGUCCGUCGGUCCACCACCUACACGUCUCUUCAUGCCCCUGAAAACGGGGAGCUGUGGAAAUUAGAAGAGGCCAACAUUUCCAAAGAUUUUAAUGAGAAAGCCCUAACUGAAACUUCCUUUAGCUCCGUAAACAGCAACGGCCAAGUUGAAGAGGGCGGUCCACUUAUUCUCACCGCGAACUGUCCUUCCACUUUGAACGUCACACAGAGCCACGGAAGUUUUCUAAGUCCAGAUUCUUUUCUAAAGAAUAGCCACGCAGCUGGUCAUGAACUACAAGUGCCAUGUGUUUCGCCAGACACAUUUCUGAAAGACAACACAAGGCCCGUGCAUUUGGAAUCCAAAACUGGGCAGGAAGCGUACCGGACAAUUCUGAGUCCAGAUUCUUUCCUAAAGGACAAUUAUGGGCUAAGUCAGGGGGUGGGGCCGGAACCAGUGACUCCAGUUCUGCCCCCAGGUCGAUUUGUGAAAGGUGAUAUAACACAUAGAUGUAGCUCUCAACCAACGUGUCAGUUAUCACCACUACUAAACGGAGAUUCUCAGGCCUCAGCGUCUCCUCAAGUGCAGAGAAAAAAUGAAGUUUUACUGUAUAUUCCUGAAAGCCAGGGUUCAAACUCUCCAGAAACUAUUUUUGAAGAACCUAAAUCUUCAGAAAUGAACCCAAAUUGUGACAGUUUGACAAAACGCAGUCAGCCUCGGCUUUCUGCAGUUCGGGGUAUUUCUGGUCACAGUCACAAUACGCAGCCCAAGAGACGCCCGAUCCUUUCUGCGACUGUUACCAAGCUGAAGCCCCCCGGUCCCAGAGAAAACAAAACCCAGACCCGCCAGCCGAAGGCGAGGCGGUGUCUCCCCAGUGCCGAAGGUGGAGGUGAGAAAGUAACCGAUAACGUAGCGGAGGAAGGUGCCUUUCAUUCUUAUCUCCCAGUUAUAGAUUCAGUAGUAAGUGGCUCUACGAGUUGCACAAAUAUGAUAGAUCCUUCCUCAAAGGCAGCGUCGGCUGCUCGCAAAAGAAAGAGCGAGGGAAACCAGGAGGAGGCACGCGUGCCCGUCAGGGCUGCAGAACACACCGAGGCACCGGCCACCCACAGGAUCCAUUUUUCUCCCUGGGAGCCGACAUCAGCUGCUAAAAAGACAAGAAGGGCGAUCACACCCGUCUCCAAACAGAGCAGCGGCCGAGAGAAGCUACACCCGAGGAAGAGAACUGAUUCUUCGGCACACAAAACCCCUAAUUCUAAAACAAACAGGAGGACAAAACGUGUUGUUCCGGUGGCACAGUCUACUCUGACCUUCAUAAAACCAUUGAAAACAGGCAUCCCUCGACACCCGAUGCCGUUCGCCGCGAGGAACAUGUUUUACGACGAGCGCUGGAAGGAGAAGCAGCAGCAGGGGUUCACGUGGUGGCUGAACUUCGUGCUGACCCCCGACGACCUCACCGUGAGGACCAGCGUCUCCGAAGUAAACGCCGCGGCUCUGCUCCUGGGGGCGGAGAGCCAGCAUAAACUGAGCGUGCCCCGGGCUCCCACCAAGGACGAGAUGUCGCUCAGGGCUUACACGGCCCGGUGCCGGCUGAACAGGCUACGCCGCGCCGCGUGCCGCCUGUUUACAUCGGAAGCGAUGGUGCGAGCCAUCAGGAGGCUGGAGGUGGAAAUCGAAGCCAGGCGGCUGGCCGUCCGCAGAGACAGGCACCUCUGGAAGGAUGUGGGAGAACGGCAGAAGGUGCUGAGCUGGCUGCUGUCGUACAACCCUUUGUGGCUGCGGAUCGGCCUCGAGACGGUGUUCGGAGAGCUCAUAGCUCUGGAAGACAACAGCGACAUCACGGGGAUGGCCGUGUUCAUUCUGGGCCGCCUGCUGUGGAACCCGGACAUAGCCGCUGAGUACAGACACCCCUCCGUGCCUCACCUGUACCGGGACGGUCACGAAGAGGCUUUGUCUCAGUUCACACUGAAAAAGCUGCUGCUGCUGGUGUGUUUCCUGGAUUACGCUAAAGUCUCCAGACUCAUCGAUCACGACCCCUGUCUGUUCUGCAAAGACGCCGAGUUCAAGGCGAGCAAAGACCUCCUGCUGGCGUUUUCCCGAGACUUCCUGAGCGGCGAGGGCGACCUUUCCCGCCAUCUCGGCUGGCUGGGGCUCCCCGUCAGCCACGUCCAGACGCCGUUCGACGAGUUUGACUUUGCCGUCACUAACCUCGCCGUGGACCUGCAGUGCGGGGUGCGCCUCGUGAGAGCCGUGGAGCUGCUCACGCAGAACUGGGACCUCUCCAAGAGACUCCGGGUCCCUGCAAUCAGCCGCCUGCAGAAGCUGCACAACGUGGAGCUGGCCCUGCAGGCCCUGCGGGCCCGAGGCGUGCAGCUGCAGGACGAGCACGGGAGUGCGAUCCUGGCCAAGGAUAUCGUGGACAGGCACCGAGAAAAAACCCUCGCGCUGCUUUGGAAAAUUGCGUUGGCUUUCCAGGUGGACAUUUCUCUUAAUCUACAUCAGCUAAGGGAAGAAAUCGACUUUCUAAGGCACACGUGGCGCCUGAAGAAGACAGCGUCCACCCUCUCGAGCCGCCAGGACGCCACCCGCGGCGCGCAGGCGGACCCGAGGCCCUGCGGACCCCCCGCACCGCAGAGCGAGCGCGUCGGGCUGCUGCUGGAGUGGGUGAACGCCGUCUGUGCCUUCUACCGCAAGAGCGUGGAGAACUUCACCGUGUCCUUCUCAGACGGCCGUGUGCUGUGUUACCUGAUCCACCACUACCACCCUGGCUACGUGCCUUUCGACGCCAUCUGCCAGCGGACCACUCAGACGGUGGAGUGCACGCAGACGGGCUCGGUGGUCCUGAACUCGUCCUCUGAGUCCGAGGAGAGCUGCCUGGACGUGUUCCUCGAAGCGCCUGACCCAGAGGGCGCCGCAGAAGUGCACAGGGAACUCCUGGAGAACGAGAAGAAGAACUUCCAGCUGCUCGGGGCUGCCGUCCGGGACCUGGGGGGCGUGCCCGCCAUGCUGCGCCACGCCGACAUGUCCAACACCAUCCCCGACGAGAAGGUGGUCAUCACCUUCCUGUCGUUCCUCUGCGCGAGGCUCCUGGAUCUCCGCAGGGAAACCAGGGCCGCGCGGCUCAUCCAGACGGCGUGGAGGGAGCACAAGCUGAGGUCCGACCGGCGGCGCCUCCAGGAGAGAGACAGAGCUGCGAGAGUCAUCCAGUCAGCUGCAGCCCGUUUUCUGGCCAGGCGACGGCUGCAGAAGGCGGCCGGCGCGGCGCGGGUCAUCCAGAAGCACUGGCGGAGGCUCUUGCGGCAGAGAGAGCUGCUGAUGCUCAGGAAGCAGCUGGACAAGAUUCGGAAUGAGUCGGCGCUGGCUAUCCAGAAACAUUGGAGAAGGUAUUCCACUAGGAAGAAGUUUCUGAAACUGAAACAUUACUCAAUCAUCCUGCAGUCCCGGAUAAGAAUGAAAAUGGCUGUGUGCUUCUUACAAACGGUGGCGUGGGCGGCCGUCACCAUCCAGCGCCGGUGGCGUGCGUGCGUCCGCGGAAGACGGGACCCGAGGUACCGGACGCUCCGGGCCUCCUGCCUGGUGAUCCAGGCUGCGUUCAGGAGAUGGCGGCGCCGCAGGACGCGCCUGCGGCUGGAAGCCGCGGUCACGCUGCAGCGGGCCUUCAGGCAGUGGCGCGCCGGGAGACGCGCGGAGGAGGAGAAGUCCGCUACCGCCAUCCAGUCGUGGUUCAGGAUGCACAGGGAGCGGCGGAGAUACUCUCGCACCCGAUCUUGCGUGCUCACCAUAGCCGCGUUUCGGCGCUUUCAAGCCCAGAGGGCAUAUAUAAGGCAGAGGGAGGCCAUCCGGACCAUCCAGACCCGCUGGCGCGCACACCUGCAGGCAAAGGUGGCCCGCACCCAGUACCUGCGGAAAGUGGCCGCGGCCGGCCUCAUCCAGGCUGCGUUCAGGGCGGUGCGAGCCCGGCGCCUGCGCAGACGGGACUGGGCUGCCCGUGUGCUCCAGUCGCACUGGAGGAUGAGACGGGAGAGGCUGCGGUUCCUGGCCCUCAGGAGAACGGCCGUCACGCUGCAGGCGCACGUGAGAAGGCAUCAGCAGUCGCAGAGGUACAGGAAGAUGCGGCAAGCCGCCCUCGUCAUUCAGACGCGUUUCCGAGCGCACGUCGCUGCCCGGACAGCCCAGGCGUCCUACCAGAGGACACGUUCCGCCACGAUUGUCCUGCAGGCUGCGUGCAGGGCGUGGCGGGCCAGGAAGACGGUCCGUCACGCCCUCACUUGCGUCGUAAGGAUUCAGUCGUGUUACCGAGGUCGCGUCUGCAGAAUACGCUUCCUGAGCCUGAGGCACGCCACGGUGAAGUUCCAGUCCAUUGUCAGGAUGCAACAGGCCCGUGCACGGUACCUGCAGUUGAGGGCGGCCGCGGUGUUUGUCCAGCAGAGGUACGGUUUCCUGCGAGCGGCCGCGCGACGGCGAGAGCUCAGGCGGGUGCUGCAGGCCUGUGUCAGGCUGCAGGCUGGGCUCGCGGGCACCUGGUGCGGCGGCAGGCGCGGCUGCGAGGGCGGCGGCCACUUCCCUGCAGGGCCCACUUCAGGAUGCUCCGGCAGCGGGAGGCGCUGCGUGCGCAGAGAGCCGCCACCUGCCUGCAGGCUGCGUUCAGAGGCCACCGCGUGCGCCGACUCCUGCGCCGGCGGGCCCGGCUGCACUGACCAUCCAGAGUGCCCUCCGGGGCCACAGGGAGCGGGCACCUACCGGCGUGUGCUGCAGUCCGCCGUCCGGAUCCAGAGGUGGCGGCGUGGAGGGGCCUCGCAGCGCGGAGGCAGGUCCGGAGGCAGCAACCAGUGUGCCGUGCUCAUCCAGUCCUGCUACCGCAUGCACGAGCAGCGCCGCAGGUGGGUGGCCGUGAGAAAGGCCGCCCGUCUGAUUCAGACGUGGGUACCGGGCCUGCUGCCGGGCCAGGGGGCAGCGGCUUUCGUAUUUGAAGACCCGGGCGGCCGUCCUGGUGCUGCAGUCGGCUUACCGCCGGCAGCGGGAGAGGAAGAGGAGAGCAGAGGCGCGCAUGUAGGCUGCGAGCACCAUCCAGGCCGGGUACAGAGCCUACAGAGCCAGGAGGCACCGGGCCUGCAGCUGUCGCCAUUCAGAGGUGGUACCGCAGUGCCCGAGUCGCACGCCGCCAGCGCGAGGCAGCAGCGGCUGUCGUCAUCCAAGUCCGAUACAGGGCCUGUCGUCGAGGCAGAGCUCAGCGUGCACAGUACUUGGCGGUUCUGCAAGCCGUGGGCAUUCUCCAGGCGAGUUUCCGGGGAGCGAGGGUUUCGGUGGAGCCUCAGAAAGAUGCAGGCUGCCGCGGUGGUCGUCCAGUCGCACUACCGGAGGCACCGGGAGCAGGCGCGCUUCAGGAGGGUGAAGGCGGCCACGGAAGCAGUGCAGCGCCGGUUCCGGGCUCUGAAGGCGGGGGAGGAGCAGUUGCGCAGGUACAGGCGGCUGAGGUGUGCCGCGGUCCUCCUUCAGGCUGUGUUCCGGGGCGUGAGGGCCAGGAGGCGUAUCUCAGAAGAGAGAGCCAGUGUUCAGCUGCUUCGCUUUGCAGCAGCUGCGCACCACCACCUGAGCGCGCUCAGGAUCCAGAGAGCCUACCGACGUCACCUGGCUGUGGAGAAAGCCAGAAGUCGUCUUCAUGCGGCCAUCCGCAUUCAGAGAUGGUUUCGAGCCAGGUUACAGCUGAGGCGGCGGACGCAGAAAUGUCGCAGCGUCGCAAACGCAAACCGCGAAGCGGAAGACCACCAGAGGCGGCGGGCGGCGGCGGUGAUCCGGGCCGUGCGCCGCUUCCUCCGCCGCAGAGAGCAGGAGAGGGUCAGGAACGGGGUCGUUCAGAUGCAGGCUCUGAAUCGCGGUGUCUGGCCUCGCGCGCUGUGGAGGGGCUACUCCUGGAGGAAGAAGAACGACUGUGCCAAGAUCAGAGCCGUGCGCAGAAGCCUCCAGGCGGCGAACGCGGAGGCCCGGGAAGAAAACCGGCUGUCCCGGAGGGCCGCCCUCGCGCUGCACCUGCUGACGUACAGGCACCUGUCGGCCGUCCUGGAGGCUCUGAAGCACCUGGAGGCCGUCACCAGGCUGUCCCCGGUCUGCUGCGAGAGCGUGGCCCGGAGCGGGGGCGUCGCGAAGGUGCUGGCCCUGAUCCGGAGCUGCAACCGCAGCGUCCCCUGCAUGGAGGUGGUCAGCUACGCCGUGCAGGUCCUGCUCAACGUGGCCAAGUACGAGAAGACGACGCCAGCCGUCUGCGGGGUGGAGGCUUGCGUGGACACGCUGCUGGAGCUCCUGCAGAUGUACCGGGAGAAGCCCGGCGACAAGGUCGCGGACAAGAGCAGAAGCAUUUUCAGUAGAACUUGCUGCCUGUUGGUGGUCCUACUGAAGGCCACAGGCCACGCCUCUGAUGUGUGGAACAGGCCCAAAGUCGUGGACUGUGUGUGUAGCAUCUACAGACUCACGGCCCGUAAGCACGGGGUGAGCAGAGAAAGAACACCUUGUGGACACAAUAAGAACGCUUCGAGAAGCACCCCCGGAGCACCUGUGAGAAGCAGGGCAGUUCCCAGGCUGCAGCCAGACUGGGUUUGGCGGGACAACGGCGUGGCAGAAGUCACGGCCCCCCUGCAGGCCAUCCAGAUGCUGAUGGACGCGCUGGGCGUGCCCUGCUAGCAGG